GUUGGGGAUACCGCGCCUGUCUGCCGGUUGCUCGCUUCGCGCACACCGCUCACAACUAAUUCUCUGCGAAAUUAUUGUAUUUCUUUGGAAUAUUACGUGAAAAUGAUAAAAUGUGUAGUAAUAAGAAGCGUAUAAAAUAUAAAUAAGCAGUUCUUUGCACCCAUAUAAAUUUGUAUAAAAAAAUUGGGAAGUUGGAAUGAUAACAACCAUGACGUCAUUCAUAUUAUUGAAGACAAACUCUUUUUUGUUGAGAAUGAAUAGAGAAGACAACGUAAACUGGUUUCAUGGAAAAAUAUCUAGAGAAACUGCGGAAAGACUUCUCAAAGAAGAAGGUGAAGAUGGUGUUUUCUUGGUACGGGAAAGUAAUACGUCGCCGGGAGACUUUGUAUUAUCAGUUCUACAUCAGGGUGAAGUAGUGCAUUAUCAAAUAAGAAGACAUGGAGAAGACGCAUUCUUCUCGAUUGAGGAACAUACUACAGUCCAUGGCUUGGACACAUUGAUACAACAUUACCGAGGUGACUCCAAUGGCCUGGCUACGAGACUGUCUGUGGUGUGCAAGGGAAACCCGCCACCGCAUGAAUCGCGAACACAAGGCACCACAAACUUGCUGCAUCGAGCAACAGAAGCUGGUAACUGCAGCAUCGUCUCCCAGAUCCUCGCUAGCGGCUACAAGAGUAGAGACGCCAAGAACCAGGAUGGCCAGACCGCGGUACACAUCGCCGCUAGGAAGGGAGAAAACGACAUACUACUCAAACUCAUAGAGAGCGGAGCUCCUGUUAAUGUACGAGACUCCUUCGGGUAUACGCCGUUGCAUUACACAUGCCAGAACAACUUGCCGAAAACAACAGAGCUGUUGAUAACGAAAGGGAGCGCAAACUAUCAGAUGAGGCACGCGCCCACCGGCAAAGUGCCCCUACACGACGCCGCACAGAGAGGACACAUUGAAUGUAUAAAGGUUUUACUCAAAUUGAAAGCACCUGCCCAUCCGAGAACGUUAUCACAAGACACGCCCGCUCAGCUCGCCAAACACAACGGACAUACGGACUGCUAUCACAUGUUAAAAAACCACAAACCCGGCCCGCCCAACACAUCAAAGAGUCUAUGGUAUCACGGCACGUUAAACCGAGAGGAGGCAGUCAAAACUCUAGAGGAGUACUGCAAACAGAAUAAUAUACAGGACAAAGCGUCUGACGGGGUGUACCUAGUGCGGUAUAGUGAGAGAAACACUGGGGCAUACGUACUGACCAUGCGCAGUGAGAACACGCCAUACAACUUUAUUAUUAGGAAAGAGGGUGACUGGUUAUUCAUCGAUGAUGGUCCGUAUCUGGAAUCGCUGGAGAGGUUAAUAGAGCACUACAGCACUGUGCCAGACGGACUGCCCACUAAACUGACCGCACCCGUGCCGCCUAAACCCAAACCGCCAUUACCAGAGUUCUCAACAAUGCCUCGAACAAAGAAGUCACCGAGCAAAGUACCGCUGAAUCAGUCAUUAUCGCUGGUGAAACACGACAUACUCAACGACAACCAAAGCCCAAACAACACCUCGUUCGAACUACUAGCGCGGAAUCUGUCGUUCUCGUCUGACUUUAACAACGACAGUAUGAAUAACAACGACGAAGCAGACAACGAUACGUAUAAAGUGCCUGUCAAUAACAACAUGGUGGCUACCCUAGCAGAGAACUACAACGAAAUAUCAAUUAAUUCUGAUGGCCAGUUGUCUACGCUGCAAGAGUUCAUUCCCCUCCACGAGUUAACGCUGGGUGCGGUGAUCGGCGAGGGCGAAUUUGGAUCGGUGGUCCGCGCGCUGUAUGCCGGCGCGCCCGUCGCGGUCAAGACGCUGCACGCACAGCACGACGCUAACCGCCGAGAGUUCCUAGCUGAGGCCAAACUCAUGAUGGCGCUGCGACAUAGAUGCAUCGUGCGGAUUAUUGGCGUGUGCCUGGGUCCCCCGCUCGCCAUGGUUCAAGAACUAGUACCCUUGGGCUCGCUACUGGCGUACCUGACGCGGCACCGGGCGGAGGUCGGCGCGCACGAGCUGCGGCUGUGGGCGUGGCAGGUGGCGGCCGGCAUGCGCUACCUCGAGCGACGCCGCUUCGUCCAUCGAGAUUUGGCGGCACGGAAUAUACUGUUGGCUAGCAGACACCAAGCGAAGAUCAGCGACUUUGGUCUAUCGCGGGCUCUGUCAGCUGACAGCUCGUACUAUCGCGCGUCCCGCGGCGGCAAGUGGCCGAUCAAGUGGUAUGCGCCAGAGGCGUACAACUACGGCACCUUCAGCCACGCGAGCGACGUGUGGAGCUACGGGGUGACCCUGUGGGAGAUGUUCUCGUACGGACAGCAGCCGUAUGGAGAUAUGAGGGGCAUUGAGGCAAUACAGCUAAUCGAGAACGGCGAAAGACUAAAACGUCCGGAUAACUGUCCGGACGAGAUCUACCAGGUGAUGCUCGACUGCUGGACCUACAGUGCGGACCUCAGGCCGACAUUCGCCAAACUAGUUGACGUCUUCUCCCAACACCCCGACUACGUCAACAUCAGCCAGAUAGCUGUGGAUAAUGAUGAUGAAUGAAAAACAGUGAAAUAGAUCUUUGUGUGUUUGUGUGAGUGCAAUAUUUAUAAGGUAAAGUAUUUUAGAAUAUAGGGGAUGGGGAAAUUAGUUGGGGUAAAUAAGGUUCAGAGCAUAUUUAUAAUAUCAAAGUAUUGUAAUAUUAGAAACAUUAAUACCAACGCGUAAUUAUUUUGGAUGUGUACUUGCACACACAGGCACGUACCGUAUAGGAUACCUCUAAAAUGCACACUUUCAAACCUCUUUGUAUGAAGAUGUUAUAAUAUUCUUAAACUGUGAUAAUAGCUUGUUUCGACAAAACCGCUAUAAGAGUUGAUUAUUUAUGAUCUGAACCCUAGUAUCCCACCAUCCCAUAUUUAUUUUAUGUACAACUUUGGUAUGCAUGGAUCUGAUAUGCCGUAUUGUGCCUAGCAUAGUAAAUGUUUUAUGACAACUAUAAAUCGUACAAAAUAUUUUUAUAAAUCAAACAAUGCCUUGCAUUUUUUAUCGAGUUUUAAAGACAAAUUAAUGAUAGUUCAAAUUUUUAUAUUUUAAAUAGAAUGUAUGUUUUUUUGAAUUUUGUAUUUAAAAGCAUUUUUAAUAUGUAUUUUUAUUCAAAUAUUUAGGGACAUGCUUUACUUUGGCUAUUGUAGUUUAGUAACAUGAUGCUUUUCAGUUACUUUUAGUCAGUGUACAUUUACAAAAUAACCAAUUUAAUAUAUUUUUAUGUCAUUUUAAUAGCAACUAGCUGUACUAGCUAUAAGUGAAACCUACAUUCCUCUACACUUUUAUAAGAUACCAAUAGUAACUCUGUAAAUAAGGUAUUAUGUAUUUAUUUUAGAUCGAAGAGCAAAUCGAGGCAAAAACUCAAAACAAAAAAUAAUAUUACUCAAUAAUAAUAAUUUAUGUUUCGCCAUUUUAUGCCAUAUGACAUGUGAUCAAUAAUGUUUGCCAUUAGUGUUGUUGACUGU